AUGUCUUUCCUUCAUGGUGUUCUUGAGAGUGUCAAGGAGGAUGAUAACGUUACGAAAUACAAUGAAUACAUUAAAUUAAACGGUGACAAUGAUUUACAUACUGUCCUUCAACAUCUCCAAUCUUCCAUUGGCCAGGGACGCAGUGUAUUUGGUGCGCAGGUUGAAAAGGUGAAUUCAUUAUCUACUGGAGUGACGCACGAAUUAGGUCAGUUGAAUGAUAUGUAUAUACAUAAUGAAAUUAAUUCUGUUUCAGGUACCGCGAGCAAGGAUCUGACUACGCAGUUGGAAGAGUGGAAGAAGACGCUUGGCAAGAUUUCCACUGAGCUCACAAACAUAGAAACCUAUAACAUUAAUAUACUAGAUCGUUCACUUAAAUCACGAUUAAUGCAUGAAAUAAAACCGGUUCAGAAAUCGGUCGAGGUGCUAGCAGACGCAGCCAAUGAUGCGACCUUCGGGGAGCAAGUUAACAUGGUUGAUGAGACGUUGAAAAUUCAGCUAGCAAACGUUGAACAAGAUAUUAGAGACAAAUCAGUGGACUGUCAACGUAUGCUGAAGAAUGCAUUUUGGAUGGUACUGGGACGAAUUGAUAUUUUGAGUGAGCAACAAAGAAAGGAGUUUAAGGAUAUCCUAAGUGCCGUUGACUUUUGCAAAAUCCACAUGACGGAAUUUGACUGGCAUUAUAAAGCACAUGUGCUCGGGAAAAUUGAUGAGAUAAGAAAUGAAGUUUCGUUUGUUUACGCAGAUUUAUUCAGCAGAAAGGUGCAGCUUGUAGAUUUGGUUCAAAAGGCGCAGGCGGAGUUUGGGACUUUGAAAGAGAAGGUUGACGGAAGCGAUAAAAGCUCACCGCCAAGUGCAGGUGUAAUAGCGAAUUGGGAUGGGCUUAAAGUGCAUAUUAAUCAAAUUGUUGGAGGUUUGACGGCAACUAAUGACAUAAGGGCUGGAACGCUUAAAGAUAUCGUAAACGGCGUAAUUGAGUACGCAACAGGGUUUGAAAAGGAUGCUUUUACUGAGGACGUUUUGAAACAAUGGAUUGGGGAAAUGGUGAAGGAAAGUGAUACCGUAGUGAGUAAUAAAAUGUAUGUUUAUUAUAAUAUGUAUAGAGGUCAGCUGAAGGAAUAUAAUGGUAAGACAGGCGCUGAUGCUGUGAAGGAAGCCAUUAAAGAUAAACUUCCAGGUGUUAUUAACACCGAAAUUAUAAUGGCGGCACAAACAAUCCAUCUUAAAGAUGCAACUGUGGAAAACAUCGCUGAGAAUUUCCAAAAAUUCGCGAAUCAAAUUGAAAGUGAACUUCCGCAAGAAAGCAAUUCAUCCAUUAGCAAGGCAGUACAGGCCAUUGAAGCUGUGCUAAAAAGUGGUGAUCAAGCAACAAGAACCGAUACGUAUCUCACGGAGACCAUUAAAGCCAUUCUCAAAUCUUUUGCGAAUAGGUUUAAGCAAUACGCUGCCGAACUUAAGAGAUUCGUCACCGUGUCCAAACUCCACCCAAAUCUGGAGGAGGCAAUUAAGAAAGUCAACGAAAUCGGACAAGAAUUUGAAAACAAUAAGGGAAAGUACGGACAAUAUAUUACUGCAGCGUUGACAAUAGUGAAACAAAAAAUUAACGCGCUCGAUGAAAUAGUGAAGGAGUCAGACGGUACGCUUACAAAUGCUGUCAACGAGCUGGACACCGUCAUUGGUGAAAUUAAAAAGCUUAUAAAGGAAAGCGAGAGCAAAACCGAUGAUGGCGAAAUAAACAAAAGGAAGAAAGAUGUCGAAAAGAAAAUGGAAGACCUGAAAGGGCAGCUCAACAGCAGAAUCAAGGAUGUCGAGUUAAAAGUUGACAACUCCAAUAGCAUUAUAGACUCGGCCAUUCAAGCCGUCAAACAAUCCCUGCAGGAUGCUCAUGGAAAUUCCAACGAUGCCGUAGAAACUCUCAAAAAUAGCCUGCUUGCAAGAGCCGGUGACGCAUUCAGAAGGGUUAGGGAUGAAAUCCAAAAAUUAUUUGCCGACGGCCAUAAGGCUGACUUAACAGCAUUGCAAAAAUUAGUCACAAAACAAACAACCGAAAUUAAGAACAUCAUACAUGAGGAUGAGAUGACCGGAAUAAAAGGCCUAUUAAAAAGCGCAAAUGGUAUGCUGUUUGGUAUAAAUGGAGAGGGCAUUCUAAAAUUCCGCCAGCCAAAAACUACAUUACUUGAUGCCCUUAAAACUGCCGUGCCUACGGAGGCUGUGACAGAUAAGAAUUAUGCAACAAAAUUCUCGGAAUCUUCGGACGCAUUAAAAUCAUAUUUAGACCAAUUAUUGCAGUAUACUGAACUCCAAGUUAAGUUCGAAGGGGAUCAUAGAUCCCCUACCAAGGAGUCCCAGUUGGUGUCGAGCAUUAAGACCAGACUGGACACUUUACUUGACUACCUAAUUAAAAUUACUAAUGAAAAAGAUAAAGAAAGAAAAUAUGCUUUUGACCACAAAUCCACCAGAUACCUUACCGAGUUAAAUGAUUCCAUCUCCGCCCUCUCCCCCUCUUCAUUCCACGGCUUCCACAACCCGCUGCUCCUCGACGCCCUCAAGGCCGGCAUGGACAAAUUCACAAAGGAGCUCGGACACGCGUACGUCAACGCUUAUAGCGGUCAAAAACGUACAGAUGACUGGGUGAAAGAGGAAACAAAAAUGGUGGACGAUCAACCACAAAAAAUUACAGUCCUUUCCACCGAGGGCCGCAACUGCGCCAAGGUCUGCCUGACCAUACUGGAGAGAGUGUAUGAGGAAUUGGAAACUUUGAAAGAAAAAUGUAAUACUACAUAUGGCCCUUGGAAACAUAAUAAAAUAUGCGAAACAGACGGAAAUAAGACCAAUAAACUCGGACGUUUUUUCAAGAAUCGUGGCUUCACCAUUCCCAGUGGCGACGGUUCCAAGCAAGAUGGCCAGUUGAGAUGUUCCGACAAGAUGAAAGGUGGGCAUAUUUGUCAAAAGCUUGAUGAAGAAAUAUCUAACGCCAAGAGUGAUGAACACCUUAAAGCGUGCACAUCAACCGAUGCGACUAAAAUUAAUGUUAUGGGACAACUUCAGUGUCUCGUCAACCACCUUCAUCAAUAUUUCCGUGUUGGUCACAUCUCUUCAUUCGCCGCCAGGAAAUCACCGUGCUCCGUUUACGAGAUGCUCACAUGGUGCUGUGGCUUAAAGUUCAAUGCUUCUUACCAGAAGAUGCAACAGCAUUACAAGACGGUCCUUGAGAAAAAGAAAGAAAAGGAAGAGAAAGAAAAGAACAAGCAGAAAACAGCGGAGCAACUGAAAGAGGAACAAGAAGAAAAAGAAAAGGAUGCGUAUUUGGACAGUAUAAUGUCCACCCUGGCUGUGCGUGGCUUGCCGUACCUAUCUGGCAACUCACGUAACAUCCUCACCACAAUCCUUGGCACCGGAGACGAACACACAGUGUACGCCUCCGACUUUAGCAACAAUUACCUUAAUUUGAGUUACCCCUCUUCCGGGGAAGCUUGUUUAGAUACAUUGCUUGACAUAUUACGUAGAAUGUUUCCCGUAUGUAGAUUCUUAUAUAGCCAAUGUAAUAGUCUGUCAUCCGACUUUGGUUGGGCCGGCUGCCAGUAUGGUAAGCAGGUCAAACACGCUAACUGGCAGUGCGACAAGCAUAUUGCUGAUAAGGAAUCUGACUGCGUUCCCAGGUCACCGCUUAUGUCGUACUUUACCGACAGUCUUCCCGGUCACUUACCUCACCAGCUAUCCUCCAUCGGUUGUAGAGCUACAUGUUCCACCUGCCCCAAAUCCAAGCCCGGGCAGCCAUGUUUAACGCCACUUGGCUUCAGAGGUUUCUCUGGAAGUACGCGCCUGGGCAAAGACCUAUGUAACGUGCUGACCAAAAUGCUCGAUGACGCUGACCUCAGAUCCCUAUUCUGCCUUAAACCGAAAACGCCGGCUUCGCUCCCAGAGCAUUUCGGAUUUGUGCUGUCACUAGUCAGAGAUUGGAAUGACGGUAAAAAUCCACAUAAAAACUCUAUCGAACAUGCGUUUGAGAAUUCUAUAAAAAGCCAAUCUAUUGAUCUGUAUAAGAACACCGCAGAACUUACCAAUGCACUGCGUGACGCAUACCGUAGUAGGCAUUACAAUUAUGCUGAUAAUAGUCAUCGUCCUCUAUAUGACGAUUUAUCAAGUCUUUCUAUGACAUCGUCGUGUAGUGACCCUAUUAAAAAUACAUUGUGCGCUCCGUAUCUGUCAUCGCUAUCCUGCGACUCCAAUUAUUACCUGGCACUGAAGCAUUCCAACACAUACCUCUCAUGGGCCAUAUACCUCCCUUGGACAUUCUGGGAUCUACUCAACAAUCUGUACAAUGCCUUCUGCUCUAUCACUUGUGCAGAUUGGGGAUGCCGUGGAUGUCUCAGAGGAGACAAGUGCAAGAGUGGCAAGCAUGGUGUCGUUGAGGAUGACAAGAAAGCAGAUGCAACAUGUCAGUGUGAUUCUAUAGUGAAAUGCAGAGGCGUGGCACCGACGCUCUACCAGUAUGGAUUCAGCUUCGGCGAGGCGUCGACGUUGAAUAGUGGUGACACAGCGAAGAAGUGUAAGGAUUUCUGUAGUCAGUUGAAGAAAGUUCUCGAGUCAGAAUAUUUCCAGAAGCUGUUCGAGGAGUGUGAUGAAUUUUUGAAGCAAAUCAGAUGGCCUUUUAUGUGUACUUUGUUAGCCCUCUGGUCGCUGUCGCUCCUCCACCUGCUGCACAUCGCCGUCGUCCGCCUCGAUGUCCUCCGCAUCCGCUCCCACUUAAAAUCACCUUCAAGCCACAGGAUCGCCGCUCAGUCGCUGCUCGCAGCGGCACGCGUCAAGGCACUUGCCAACGUCAAAGCCUUGAAGGAUAUUGAUGCCCGCCGUAUCUCUCUUGGCACGCUUGCUGGACAGCUUUCGGGUUUAAUUGGCAAAAGUGAGGAAGUUGAAAAGGCUAUUAAAAAUGGUUUGCAGAGUAAUGUAAAUCAGCUUAUUAAGCGUUUACAAGCAUCUUGCGGAGGUGGGAAGUGUAAUGAUCAUCGUAGUCAAAUUAAUAGUCUUAAUGAGAAGCUUGAUAAACUUAAAAAUCACCUUAAUGAGGAACCAAUAGCCUCUGAAAAUCUUGCUGAAAUCCUUACUAAGUGCAAUUUAAAUGGCCAUAAUGGUCCCUUAAAUCAGCUUAAUGAGGAAAUUACUGAGAAAAUUGAGAGCCUUAAUAAAAGCAUUGAAGAGCUUAAAAGGCUUAAUAAUGAUGAUAAUAAAAGUAAAAAUGCCUCUGAAAUUGACAAGCUUAAUAAGGAUCUUCAGUCUCAUAAUGCUUCCAAGAAGUCUCUUGAGACACUGAAAGGGCUUUGUGAAUAUGCUGAGAAAAUUGAUCAAAAAUCUGAUAACACUAAAAACCUUUUAAAUAACCUCUGUGGAGGUUUAGAAAAGUUUCUCGGCUACCAGGAUGGUAAUUACACCGGAGAAGGAAUUGUGUACUCCGACCUUGACAGGCUGUGUGACGGGGUGAUGGCGUUUUUGUGUGGAGUGCUUAGUGGAGUGAAGGAUGAUGAUAACGUUACUACAUAUAAUACUACACAAAAUGACAUUAAUAAUGUUAUUACCACUUUACAUGAUAGUGUAGGUAAAGGCCGUGAGGCCUUCCGUGACGCCGUGUCUCAGGUGGGGGAGAAAAUCAAGAAAGUUACGACGCCGAUAAAUGACCUUUUAGAAGGCGACGAUGGAGAUAAUUUCAAGAAAAUUCCGUCGUUGAUUAAAGACAUUCAAGGGAUGAAGGAUCAAGAUUAUGACGACAAAAAAGGUCUGACGGACAAGACUCAAGAGUCACUUAGCGCACUUGAUAGCGUAGACAAACAGCUUAAUAAUAAGUUACAUCCUCACGUUAGCUUACUGCAUAAUGCUGUUGAGACAUUCCGUGUUAAUGCCGCGUCAGACCAUGAGGGUCUUAGGGCGGCUUGCCACAAAAUUGAUGAUCAACUUACGGAGGUUAAGAACAAGGUGAAUGAUGAGGUACUUAAGCAGGUAGCUGCGCUUAAGAAGUCCGUGACUGAAGGUAUUGAUAACCUUAAAAACGAGGUAGAUGGUAUGAUUACUAGACAAGUUUCCUACUUGACGGCCACAGUAAAGAAGUUGGAGAGUAUCAGAACAAAUGUCGAGACGGCGGUUGGGCAUAUAAAUGAAAGGUUUGAUGAAAACACUAGGAAGCAUCAAGAUGAAAAUGUGCCGUGUUGUCAAAAGAAGGCACAAGGAAUUUAUGAUAAGGCUUCGACGGAAAUUAAUGGAUCCAAGCACCUUGGAGGUCUGUGGGCAAAGAUUAAAGAUGAAUUAGAAAGUAUUACUGAUGCUAUUGCGAAUUCAAAAAAUCAAAGAGAUGGUAUCCUCGAUCAAAUUGUCAAAGGUUUCGGCGACUAUGCCGAUGGUUUCAAAGUUAGUUUCGAAAAGGGUGCUGGGAAGUUGGUCGAAAGCAUUGUGAAAAGUAGACCUGUUUAUUGGUGGCUUGAUGCUUAUGUUGGUGUCAACAAGAACGGAUUUGGUGGUAGUUUGGGAAAGGAUGUAACACAAAUCCUCCCUCAAAUAACAGUAAUCGUUCAGCAGAAGAUUAAUGAUUCGCUGGAAACAAUGAGAGCCAUACCAUCUGGAAAGCAGACUUCUGUCGACGAAAUUCUGACAAAGAUCAUACGGUAUCUCACAAGCUAUGCCACUGAAGUGACAGGCAAGGAUGCUGAAAUAAUGAAGUCGAUUGAGAGUGAGCUGUCGUCUAAUCCCCAAUUUAAAUUAUCCACUUCCUCUACAUCGGGAUACCAGUAUUACCUCGAGCAAGCUGUCCAUACUACCCUCACAGCACUGCAGUCGGCAGCAAAGGGCGCGGAAAAGGAUGUUGAAAUAUUUAUUGCAAAUUCCAAUAUUGGGAGAUUGAACUCGGCUAUAAAGAAGAUUAGAGACGUUGCGAAAGAUCUUCAACAAGCUGUUGAAGAGAGGAAUAAAUAUAUAAUCAAUAUCCGGUCUGCUCUUUCUGAACAAGUCAUCGACCCCGCUGGCGAAAUUCGAGACCAGCUUCAGAGAAUUAUUACAGACGUUAAAGGACAGAUAAAAACUUUACAAGGGAUUGCUACUAGUGACAACGUGAGGACUGACAAGGACGCAAAAAUGGAAACACAACCGAAAACUAUUCAAGGUAUGAAAAAGCAAAUCGACGCAAAAAUUACUGCGCUUCAAUCGGGAGUGAAACGCGAACUUGACUCCCAGGUCACCAACGUGAAAGAUAAAGUCCUAGAGAAUGCCGCCUCCACCUGUCUAAAUACUAUCACAGCUAAGGUAACCGAUCAAACGAAUUCAGCCAAGACACAGACGAAAAAUGAGUGUCUUAAACAAUUUGUGUUCUCCAAGGUGGCGGAGCUUGAGAAGCUGAAAGCAUUAGUUACGAAGCACAAUGCUGAAAUUGAAAAAAUCAUAUUCACAGAUAAAAUGACGGGAAUUAAGGCAUUCAUUAAUGUUAUAAGCAAUCAUAUUGAAAAGCCUUCCCACCUCCCCGUUAUGGAAUUUACAGAAGCCACAGGAAACUGCAAAGAAUUCUUCGAUAUACUGUUGAAUUACGUUAUAGGCCAAGUCUAUCCCAAGGUUAAUAACCUUGACGAUGUGAAGGAAAAAUUACACAACUUACUAGAACUACUUACUACCUCCAACUAUUUUAAUUUGACCUUCUCUAAUAAUUUAGAUGCACUUAAUAAAUCACUUAGUAACCUGUCACCAUCCCAUUUCGCUGGCCAUUCCAACCCGUUGCCGUUGGAUUCAAUUAAAAAGGGUCUUACUUCGUUCGCCACUCAACUCGGGUAUACAUAUGUUUCCCGGUACUCCGAACAGACCGUCGAGUGGGAGCGCAAAUCCACGCUUCCUGAUUUCAUGGUUUCCGAUGAUGGUGGCCUAACUCAAGAUGCAACGAAAUGCGCAAAGGUUUUCUUCACUAUACUUAAUACCUUACAUGGCGAAUUGUCUGAACUGAAAUACAAAUGUGAAAACGAGUGGACACGAAAUCAGAUUAAUUUGGUUGCUACAUAUCAGUUUGUGAACGGCAGAAGUAAAGAGAUGGCAAACCCACUUGGGGAUUUUAUGAAAAGAUGUGGAUAUGACGUAUCUAAAGGUCUUAAUGUUUGCACAUCGGAACUGGUAAAUAAAUCGAACAUGACCGGUUCAGCAAUUUCUGGGAAGCUUGAGACACCACUUAGCCUUUUAAAUACAAACAUCCAAAUCAACGAUAUAGAACAUAAUGGCGAUAUAAAGGUUAUGGACUUGCUUGAAUACUUCCGCGAGUUACUCCGCAACUUCUACCGCGUUACGCAGGUCCGCCAUAUCCCCGCUGCCAAAGCACCGAACACUGUGCACCAAAUGCUCGAAUGGGUUUGCGGUCUACGGUACAAUCCGAUGCGUGAUCAACUCACGACAUUCUUGGGUGGGUUGUUUACCAACGCAGAAAAUGGUUUGGCCGUGGAUUUCCCAGCAGAUAUUCAAGGUCACUCUAAACAUUCCAUUCUAUCACCUAGCAAAUUAAUCGGUGCACUCACCUUAACCUGUCGCCACGCCGAAAAAGUAUUAAGCGCAAUCCUAGGCUAUGGCAACGCCGAAGGCCGAUAUGGAUGCGAUUACAACACCAACCCAGACGAUCUGUCAUAUCCGACCAGUCCUGCCACCUGUUUCGACUGGCUCGUAGAAAUAUGUUCGAGACUCCAUCAGCAACUUUACUUCCUAUAUUAUCAGUGCUGUAACGGCAAUAGCAGUAGCGGUUGGCUCGAUUGCCAUUACGGAAAAGGGGUUGGUGGCUCCGCUUGGAACUGCAAUGAUGAGCAAUGUGCCAACCAAAAGUGUAAGCAAAUAUUUAAGCAAAACUGCAGGCAACACCCUAGGUGCGGCCUUAAGUCGCCGCUCCAAUCGUUUUUGGAAGAUGGGCUCCAGGGCUUCCUGCCUCAUCCGUUCAAAAAGCCUGAUUGCAAAAUGAGUUGCUCAGUUGCUAAUCAUCGUGGCAUCCCGUGCAAGACGGCAAUGGGCUUUAGAAACAUUAGCACUGUUGCGUCGCAUACAAUGAGAGGCCAGCACCUGAUGAAGGCCUUGGCGGGCUUUUGCAGCAACUCGGACAAACCCCUUACAAAGCUCUGCGGUUAUCUGACAUGUUUAUUACAGAAACCUCCGCAGACCCUUGACGAGAUGCUUGCGUUCUACUACAGUUUCCUGAGUGGAUGGAGUAACAGUGGUCCACACAGAAAGGGCGCAUUUCAAACAGCUGUUGAUAAUGCUUAUUUCGGUAACAACUACAAACAGCUUAACCCUGAAUCUAUAUGCGACAGCGCUACACAUAGGGAUGACAACCAUCCCAGUGGUGAUAUUUCUUCGAUAAUAAAUUGCAAUGAGAAAUCAUCCCCAGUCUCUCCCUGCGGUUCAUACAUACACCCCCUUAGCUAUAAUACGCGCUGCAUAUAUUCUCAGGAACACGCUGAAAAGUACCUCUCAUGGAUUGUCUACCUGACCGAAACAUUCUAUGAUUACCUCUGUAGGUUAUUGUCGAAAUGUGAAGAAAAUUGCGGUACGAAUGAAUCAAAGUGCCGUAUUGAAGGGUGCGCAAAUGACUGCCAAAGUGUGAAAUCAUCGACACAUUCGUCAUCUUGCCGGUCAAUAAUUCAAUGCCCUCACACCCUUCCUGCAUUUUACACAGAAGGGAUAGUAUUUGGCAAUGGUACGAAAAUCGGAGGUCGACUCGGAAAGCAUUUGAAACGAACAUGUGGAGAUUUCAUCGAGCAACUGAAAAAAGUAUGCGGCGGCAAAUCACUAAUCGCCAAGUUAAUACAUGAAACAAUACCCGAAUAUAUAUGGACUAUACGACAACCCUUCUCCUACCUCUUAUUAUCCCUCUGGUCGCUGUCGCUCCUGUACCUGCUGCACAUCGCCGUCGUCCGCCUCGACGUCCUGAGGAUACGCUCCCACCUGAGAUCGCCCUCAAGCCACCGCAUCGCCGCGCAGUCGCUCCUCGCCGCCGCACGCGUCAGGGCACUCGCCAACGUCAAGUACUUCUCACCGUAA